AUGAUGGCUUCGCCGAGCUUCAUGACCCAGUACCAUAACCAUCAGUGGAACAACAGCCCCGCGCAGAGCCAGCUGUCCGCGUUGAACAUCCUGCCGUAUCAGUAUCCUCCACAGCCACCGUCGGUCAGCAGCCUCGGCUCGGUAGCGUCCGUGGGCUCGGCCGGCCUCUCGCCCACCCAGUCCAUCGCUUCGUCGAGCGGGGUCGCCAGCAACAGCAGCAGCUUCAGUGCCGUCGGAGGAGCGCCCCCCAGUGGGUGCGGCGGCGGCGGUGGCUCUGCAGCCCUGCGGGCCACCUCCGAUUGUGGUGUGCUAGGUGCAGGUGGUGGUGGUGGUGGUGGUUGCGGUAGUGCCGGUAGCGGCGGCGGAUCGAACGCCGCCAGUCCCGACGUUACGUCGUCGGCGGUGGCUGCGACGGCGGCGGCCGUGGUCGCCUCGAGUGCGGCGGCCGCGUCCUACGGCUUCAGCAUGGUGCAGCAACCCGGCACCCUAGAGAUGUCCGCACGGUCACAGGCCAUGCACUACUCGUCGUACCCGUCGUACAGUCCGGCGAGCUACUACAACAACGUCGGCAUGGCGACCGGGCCGUGGUUCGCGCAGGAAACGAUGUAUGGCACUGCCGCCGGUUGGCACGGGGCGGACGCGUACGGUCUGAAGCUGGAGGAGUACUCGCACCAGACGCAGGCGCAGCGCCGCUGCGCCCGCUGCACGUGCCCGAACUGCAUCAACGAGCUGUCCGGGCUGCCGCCGGUGGUCGGGCCGGACGAGAAGGGCAAGCGGCAGCACAUCUGCCACAUCCCGGGCUGCGAGAAGAUCUACGGCAAGACGAGCCACCUGAAGGCGCACCUCCGCUGGCACACGGGCGAGCGGCCGUUCCAGUGCAAGUGGCUGUUCUGCGGCAAGCGCUUCACGCGCUCGGACGAGCUGCAGCGCCACUUCCGGACGCACACCGGCGAGAAGCGGUUCACGUGCACGAUCUGCAGCAAGAAGUUCAUGCGCAGCGACCACCUCGCCAAGCACGUCAAGACGCACGAGAACAAGGCGAAGAAGAUCGCGAAGCGCACCGAGAAGCUGGAGGAGGCGAAGCUGCGCCGCGAGGACGCGAAGCUAUCGACGGUCAAGUCCCUGGACCUGGUUGGGAUGGGACAGGAGGACAUCAACGCCAACAUCCGGAUGCCCCAGAUCAAGUCGGAGUUCGGCACGGCGGUGGCCAGCGCGAUGACGCCUCCCCCGUCGGUGACCGAUUCCCCCCUGGCGACGGGCGGCUGUUCCACGGCGAGCGCGGCGGCCGCGGCCGCAGCUGCAGCGGCGGCAGCCGCCGCAGCGGCCGCUGCCGCCUACCAAAACUACCACCAUGCGGCCCACCAUCACCACCAUCACCAUCACCAUGCUCCUCCGUACCACUUCCAGAGUCCGUUCUUCCAAACGACGGCCGCGACGACGGGCGGUGAAGUCAGCUCGGGGAGUCCGGCUCCGGGUGGCUCCGGGAAGAACCUGUUCGGCGGCUACGGAGAGUCAGCGACGGCCGCCGCCGCUGCCGCCGCUGCAGCUGCGGCAGCCGCCGGCGCCAGCUUGCGCCAGCUUGCCGGCUCCCAGGGGUCACCAACCGCCGGCGGUGGCGGUGGGGGUAGCGCCAACAACACAAGCGUCAGCAGCCACAGCAGUGCCAUCGCCGCCGAGUUCGGCAACAGUCUGGUGAAGCUGGAAGAGUACGCCAACGGGCACGGCCUGGGAGGGCGGGCGUCGGCGUUAACGCCGGCGGCGUGCAGCAGCGGCACCGCCAACACCGUUUCGACCUCCGCUUCGACGGUGGCCGGCAGCAGUACCAGUCCCGGCGGCGGUGGAGGCGGUAGCGGCAGCGCCGCCAGGGCUGCCGCCAUCCAGAACCGACUAGUCUCAGUCCCAUCCGCACCACGUGCCGGGGGCAGGUGCACCGGCAGCAGCGUCACUUCGGCACUCGCCUCAACCUACAACAUGAUGAUGAGCAACUACUCGUCCCUGCACCACCACCACCAGUACGAUGAUCGUCGAGGGACACGGGACGAAGACAUCCUGGACGAAGACAUCCGGCGCAAUCGAACGAUUUCCGCCACCUCACGGCGGCGCGGCCUGGACUUCGUCGGGGGUGGAGGGGCGGCAGGGCAGGCCGCCCAAUCGGCCAAAGACACGGUAGCCACGAGCUCGAGCGAACGGGCGUAA